GCAGCGGGGACCGCGGCAGGGCAGCGGGACUAUGACCUCCUGGUGAUUGGUGGAGGAUCUGGCGGCCUGGCGUGUGCCAAGGAAGCCGCUCAGUUGGGAAAGAAGGUAGCUGUGGUUGAUUAUGUGGAACCUUCCCCUCAAGGCACCAAAUGGGGCCUCGGUGGUACCUGUGUCAACGUCGGCUGCAUCCCCAAGAAGCUGAUGCACCAGGCAGCCCUGCUGGGGGCCCAGAUCCAAGAUGCCCACCACUACGGCUGGGAGGUGACCCACCCCGUCCAGCAUGACUGGAAGAAAAUGGCAGAAGCUGUUCAGAACUACAUCAAAUCCUUGAACUGGGGGCACCGAGUUCAGCUACAGGACAGAAAAGUCAAGUACCUCAACAUCAAAGCCAGCUUUGUCAAUGAGCACACGGUGUGCGGCGUCACAAAAGCAGAUAAGAAGACUCUGCUUUCGGCUGACCACAUAGUCAUCGCUACUGGAGGACGGCCAAAGUACCCCAUGCAUGUUGAAGGUGCUUUGGAGUAUGGGAUUACAAGCGAUGACAUAUUCUGGAUGAAGGAGUCCCCUGGAAAAACGUUGGUGGUCGGCGGCAGCUAUGUUGCCCUGGAGUGUGCUGGCUUCCUUUCGGGUGUGGGCCUGGACACCACGGUGAUGUUGCGCAGUAUCCCCCUGCGGGGCUUUGACCAGCAAAUGUCUUCCUUGGUCACGGAGCACAUGGCAUCUCACGGCAUCCAGUUCCUAAGAGGCUGCACACCCUCGAGGGUCAGGAGACUCCCUGAUGGCCGCCUCCAGGUGACCUGGGAGGACCGAGCUUCUGGCAACGAAGACUCAGGCACUUUCGAUACCGUCCUGUGGGCCAUUGGCCGAGUUCCAGAAACCAGAAGUCUGAAUUUGGAAAAGGCUGGAGUCAUUAUCAGCCCUGACAGUCAAAAGAUCUUAGUUGACGCCUGGGAAGCCACCUCUGUGCCCCACAUUUACGCCAUUGGAGAUGUGGCAGAGGGGCGGCCGGAGCUCACGCCCACAGCAAUCAUGGCAGGGAAGCUUCUAGCCCAGCGUCUCUUUGGUGGUUCCUCGGCCUUGAUGGAAUAUGACAAUGUUCCCACGACAGUCUUCACCCCACUGGAGUAUGGCUGUGUGGGGCUGUCUGAGGAAGAGGCUGUGGCUCGCCACGGACAGGAGUGUGUGGAGGUCUAUCAUGCGUACUAUAAACCACUGGAGUUCACAGUGGCUGAGCGGGAUGCAUCCCAAUGUUACAUAAAGGUGGUGUGUUUGAGGGAGCCCCCGCAGCUGUUGCUUGGCUUGCACUUCCUUGGCCCCAGUGCAGGAGAAGUCACUCAAGGAUUUGCUCUGGGUAUCAAGUGUGGUGCCUCCUAUAAGCAAUUGAUGCGGACAGUGGGCAUCCACCCCACAUGUGCUGAGGAGGUGGCCAAGCUGCAUAUCUCCAAGCGCUCAGGCUUGGACCCCACUGUGACAGGCUGCUGA